GGGAAUAGUUAGUGUGCGACGAAAUUUAUCGAUAGUUGGAUACAUCGCGAUCGUUGAGGGUCUGUAGGUUGUCGUAUCGAGACACCUAUUUGCUGAAAGCAUUUUCCGGCCUAUAUCUCGACAGAAAAAGGACAGACAUAUCGGCCCAGCAUGAGGCCUAUUCUCCUCCAAGGCCAUGAACGGUCUCUGAAUCAAAUCAAAUUCAACCGUGACGGCGACCUCCUCUUCUCCGUCGCCAAGGACAAAAUCGUCUGCGUCUGGUUCGCCGCCAACGGAGAACGUCUAGGAACAUACGCCGGCCACCAGGGCGCCAUCUGGACCGUCGACGUCAGCCCCAACACAGUCCUUCUCGCGACCGGAUCAGCAGAUAACUCUGUCCGAUUAUGGAAUGUGAAAACCGGCGAAUGCGUCAAAGUAUGGGAAUUCCCCACGGCCGUGAAACGAGUCGAGUUCAGCCCCGAUGGAAGUCGGAUUUUGGCUGUGACGGAGAAGCGGAUGGGUUAUUUGGGCACGAUUGUGGUGUUUGAUGUGCGGUAUGGAGAUGGGGAAGGGAAUAACUUGAAUGAGCAGACGGAUGAACCGAGUUUGAAGAUUACGUGUGAGGAUAGUAAGGCUACGGUUGCUGGAUGGAGUUAUUUGAGCAAGUACAUUAUCGCGGGACAUGAGGAUGGCAGCGUCAGUCAAUAUGAUGCCAAGUCUGGCGAACAACUCGAAAAUGUCCAAGCCCACGAGCCGGACCUGCAGAUCAACGACAUCCAAUUCUCGCAAGACCGCACAUACUUUAUCACCGCCUCCAGAGACAAAACCGCCAAAAUCCUCUCAUCCCGCAACCUCGCCGUCCUCAAAACCUAUCCCACCGACACCCCCCUCAACACAGCCGCCAUCACCCCUAAAAAGGACUAUGUGAUCCUAGGUGGUGGCCAAGCUGCCAUGGAAGUCACAACCACCUCUGCGCGUCAAGGUAAAUUCGAAGCACGCUUCUACCACAAGAUCUUUGAAGACGAAAUUGGUCGUGUGCGUGGUCAUUUCGGUCCUCUCAACACCAUCGCUGUGCACCCUGCUGGAACGGCUUAUGCCUCUGGUGGAGAGGAUGGUUAUGUUCGUGUUCAUCAUUUUGAUAAGCCGUAUUUUGAUUUUAUGUAUGAGGUUGAGAGAGAGCAGAUGAGGCGAUAGAUUUUUUGUUCCGGUUAUGUGUCAUGAUGCCUAAAGAUUUCUGCAAUGAAAAGUGGUUGGCACGAGGAGUUCUGUCUAUUUUAUCUUUUCUCUUUCAGUGGUCUCUUCACUUUAUCUAAUCUUCAAAGGUCGAGAAUGAAUAAAACUCAAACUCAUAUAGAUGUAGUCUAC